GGUUUUGGUUUUGGUUUGACCGUGUUUAUCACCUGUUUUUCUCUCAUCAGCUGCUCUUACAAACAAUGGGGUCUUAGUCCAUUGCCUCCAUAUCCUGAAGGACUUGAAGACCCAAAUUCAUGAUUUCCAGAGUUCCAUUGAUGCUCAAAUUAUCUUCUGGAGAAAUUUGAGGAAAGACACGCCUCACCAAGAAUCCAGUAAAGUAAAAGGAGCUGUUCUGUUCACUAGUGAAGGAUUAAAACGCCAAACAGUAGUUUCAUUCGGUAAACACCUCUACGGCUUACUUCUUGAGGUAUCAAAAGUGACUCUAUCGACCGCGUGAGUGCCAAGUAUUCUACUACAGGUGGAGCCAUGUCAAGUUUACUGACGGCUAUACGGAGCUUCAACAAAGACGCAGCCCGUGUCCUGGAAAGUAGGCUAAGUGACUGAUUUUAGUCCAUAAAACAUUGCUUGUCAUUGGAUCUUGAAUUGGUUAAUAAUGGGUUCCCAGGACUGUAAAGAUGUUCUUUCAUUAAAGAUGCUAAGGAUACAUAAAAAAGCAGCUCUGUCAAAUCUAUAAAUGUGAGAAAUGUUAUCAAAUUGUUGUGUUAUUUUCAACUCACAUGCAUCACGUGCACAUGUGCUUGCCCAAAGCUACGUACUUGUUGUUGCAGAGGCAGAUUUUCGCACUGAUGCUGAUAUUGAGACACUGACUCGACAGGACCUGAAUGAACUGUUUCCUGGUGUUGAGAAACUCAAACUAAGAAAGCAGAUAUUCGCCACAGUACAAAAACACGAGCCAAUUGAUGAGCUCUUUAGAGAAGCGAAAAAAAUCAUUCCAGAUGAAUACUUAGAGGCUGCUCGUACAAACCAUGGGGUCUUAGUCCAUUACCUCCGUAACCUGAAGGACUUGAAGACCCAGAUGGUGGUUCUCCAGCGUUCCCUUGAUGAUCAAAUUAAUCUUCUGGAGAAAUUCGGGAACAGCUUGACUCACCAGGAAUCCGGCACAGGUGCAAGUACCUCAGCCAGCAGUGCGCAAGUCAAGAAAGGCAAUGGCCCAAUUGAUGACCAUACACAAGGAGCACUUGACACUGAUGAUGCAGAGGAGACACCUAGUUCAACCAGCGGGAUUAUGUCUUUAAGUUAUAACAACUUCAGCCUUGGUAGUAUGUAUAAGACAUUGACCUACAGUAAGCCGGUUCUACUUGAGGUGAAGUACAAGACUGUUGUCAGAGGUAAAACCUUUGGUGCUGAUCAGGCGUUCAUGGGUAAAUUGAAAGAUCAACUUCAUGGUGUUCAGCUCACUGAAAGUGGGGCAGGUUACCAGAUCACUUUUUUAUUCUGCCCAAUAUCUUCACGCAUUGGGUCUGAUGUCCAGGCAGCCAUGGCUGAUGUGAGAGAUGAUAAACCUGUCAUUCUGGUGUUGAUGCAUCACUCACAAGAGCCUAAGUUCACAACAUCUGUGAAAACAUGGGACCUUGAUUCUCAGAUCACAAAUAUCAUCCUGCAUGUCAGUGUUUUCUACCACGAGAUGGAGCCUGGGUUACUGAAGUGUCAAGAAAAUGAUACUGCUGUGUCUUGCAUCCAAAACAAAAUACUGGAGUUCUGCCCCGGGGGAAGAGCAAAUACCAGUGGACAAUGCAACAUGGCUGUGGAAAAUGAAAGAAGAAGAGCUGGAAGUAGAAGUACCUCAGCCAGCAGUGGUCGGGCCAGCAAAGACAGCGGUGACCAUUCACAAAGAGCACAUGACACCACAGACGCUGACAAUGCAAUGGAUAUAAGUACGGGUUCGGCCUAUGGGGUUCCACAGGAAAAGAAUACCUUCCCCAUGCUGACUCCACAGGAGGUGAAGUACAAGACCGUUGUCAGUGGUAAAACCUUUGGUGCUGAUCAGGCGUUCAUGGAUAAAUUGAAAGCUAAACCUCAGGGUGUUCAGCUCACUGAAAGUGGGGCAGGUCACCAGAUCACUUUUUUAUUCUGCCCAAUAUCUUCACGCAUUGGGUCUGAUGUCCAAGCAGCCGUGGCUGAAGUGAGAGAUGACAAACCCAUCAUUCUGGUGUUGAUGCAUCAUUCACGCGAGGCCAAGGUCACACCAUCUAUGAGAACAUGGAGCCAAUAUGUCGACCACACCAAAAUCCUCUUGCAUGUUAGCGUUUUCUACCACGAGACAGAACCUGGAUUACUGAAGUGUCAACAAAAUGAUGUUGCUGCCGUCUCUCAGAUCCAUGAAAAAUUAGGGGAGCUCUUUCCUCCAAUAUGUAAAGUUGUCAGUGGACAAAGCAAACGGGCAAAAACUGAUGAUGAAGUGAGUGGCAAGGACAACGGCCCUGAUAGAAACACUGGUUGGAGAUUUUUUGACCGAUGGUCAAAGUCAAGUAAAUAAUACAUUUCAAAAGAAGCAAAACAGGUGAAAAAAUGUAUUGAUUAGGACCAUAUACUGGUUGAAGAAAAUGUUGCAUCCUUUGUAACAUUAGCUCACCAUUAAGUGAUGUCAGAUUAUUUUAUUCCUGUUGGUAAAACGUCAAAUAAUUAUUUGAAUAUUUCAAGGUUGAAAUGUAAUGGAUCAUAGACACACUGUUAAAUUAAACAUGUGGAAUUGAUUGAUUUCUACAUGGAGAACCUAUCCCUGUAAUGAAAUUCAGUGUGUUAAGUUUCCCAGCAGCUACAAACACAUCAAGUCCAUUCUGCUGUGGCAUGAAGUAUGUUGUACAAAAUAGGUAUGCUUUGAAAUGAAAAUAAGCUAAGAGAAAACAAUGCUAGCAGCACAGCUAUAUUUAAUCACGUUUUGUUGUUGUUUUUCGGUAGUUGAUGCUACUAUUUCACAUUUGUUUUUAUUGUAUACUUAGACUUAAGUGUUUAGUAGAUGAUUAGGAGUGCAACAGCCACAAACUUUUAUCAAUUUAUCAGAGCAAGAUAGUGAUUACUCCAUUUAAGGUAUUGUUUUAAGAGAGUGAUUGUUGUCUAGCAUCUUUGUCCUUUGUUGCUAAACUCACUGUAAUUCCAUGUUGUAGUAAUAUACCUUUUAGGAUCGCUGUAUUUUCAAUAAACUACAUGAUCAAUCCUA